UUGAUAUUUCUUUCGAUUGGUGUGCUAGGGAACACCAAGUUUUCAUUUCUUUUUGUGCAGAAAAAAUGUACGCUCCUGCAUGUGUGAUGUCAAUAUAUAUUGCAGCAGAAGCCCUACCUCCCCAACCCACGCCAGCACUCCCACCCCAACCGCAAGCCCCACAACCACAGCCGGCUCCUCAUCAACCAAGGCAACGGAGGCGUGCUAGGCCACCAAUUUUCCGAACCCGUGUCCUACUUUUUGGGAUGCCAGAUGAUGUGGUGGUGCGUAGAUACCGGCUGCCACCACAUCUAAUCCUAGACACUCUCUCCAUAAUAGAGAGUGAUCUGGAGUCUGAAAUUCGGUAUCCUACAGCAAUACCACCAUUGACACAAUUCCUUGCAGUGUUACAUUUUUUGGCUACAGCCUCAUAUCAGCAUGUUGUGGGAGACCUGGUUGGCAUGUCGCAGGGCCAGUUCAGUAAGGUCCUGCGGCGUGUCUGCCAGGCUUUCCUAAAGCGGGUGAAGCAGUUCAUUGAUAUGCCUUUGGAUGUUGGUGCCCUAGAUGUGGUGAAGCGGCAAUUUGCGGAAGGUGGUAGUCGCUUCCCACAUGUUAUUGGGGUUGUGGAUGGCACACAUGUUGCUAUUCAGCCACCAAGACAUAAUGAAGAAAUUUUUAGAAACAGGAAACUGUUUCAUUCUCUGAAUGUAAUGGUUGUUUGUGGGCCAUCCCUCCAGAUCCUUUCCCUGAAUGCAAAGUUUACUGGAAGUUCCCAUGAUGCAUAUGUCAUUAGACAAUCAGGGAUAUGGCAGAGAUUAAGAUCAAGUCAACGAGCAGACAUGUGGUUAUUGGGAGACCGUGGAUAUCCUUGCACCCCCUGGCUCAUGACUCCUUACCGUAAUCCCAGGCCAGGACCACAGAUGGCAUUUAACUCCGCGCUUACUGCCACUAGGCAGCUGGUGGAGCGCACAAUUGGUGUCCUUAAAGGGCGGUUUCGUGUGCUCCACCGCACUGGUGGCGACAUCAUGUAUUCGCCGGAGAUGGCAAGUAAAAUAGUGGUCCUGUGCGCAAUACUACAUAAUAUCGCGGUAAGGAGUAGUGUAGAGCUUCCUCAGGCAGAGGAAUUGCCUGAUGAGGAGCCAGGGGUUGGUCCACGCUUCGGUGGGGGGAGUGUGACACGGAGGGGGAGCCAAGUGAGGGCAAGAAUUGUUGCAGAAUAUUUCAGCUGAAUGAUCACACGAACUGUGGUGAGUACACAGAUAUGUAUAGUAAUUUUAUCUAAAGUCUGUGUCUCUGUGUGUUGUUUUCUUAAAUUUGUGUUCUAAACAUUUUCGCUUCUGCUAAUGCGAAUUUCCGCUCGUGCCAAAUAACACUCUGCUCUUCACAGCAUUGCAAAGAUCAAUAAAGUUAUUAGAAAUGACAACAUAGAUUUUUGACCAAUCACAUGCUAACAGACACUAUAAAUAUAUGCCCAAAUAAGGAAAACGCCAUUGCCAUGA